AGCUGUUAGUAUUCGAAUUGUCAGCGGGCAUUAAGCAUCCGAGAAGCUGCGAAUAGAAAAAAGUUCAAAUGGCUGGCGACAAAGUUAUUUUGGCCUACUCCGGUGGCCUCGACACAAGCUGCAUACUCAAGUGGUUGCUGGAGCAGCGCUACGAGGUCAUCUGCGUGCUGGCCGAUGUCGGUCAGCAGGAGAACUUUGAGGCAGCAAGACAAAAAGCGCUCAAAAUUGGAGCCAAGGAGGUAAUUGUGGCUGAUAUCAAACAGAACUUUGUGGAGCAAUACAUUUGGCCAGCAAUCCAGAUGGGCCUUAUCUAUGAGGAGCGUUAUCUGUUGGGUACCUCGCUGGCACGCCCCUGCAUUAGUGUGGCCCUGAUUGAGGCUGCUAGGCGCUAUGAUGCCAAAUACUUGGCUCAUGGUGCCACCGGCAAGGGUAACGAUCAGGUGCGCUUCGAGCUGUGCGCCUAUGCACUGCAGCCGGAUUUGAAGAUCAUUGCGCCAUGGCGUGAUGUGGAGUUCUGUCGCCGUUUUCAGGGUCGUCAGGAUCUAAUUGCCUAUGCGCAUGUCCAUGGCAUUGAGGUGACAGCCAAGCCAGCAACGCCCUGGAGCACUGAUGCCAACAUGCUGCACAUUAGUUACGAGUCGGGUAUUCUGGAGGAUCCCAAUACGGUGGCACCCAGCAGUCUCUACGAACUGACGCUCGAUCCGCUCACCCAAGCGCCGCAGACGGCAAGGCGUGUAUGUAUCCAUUUUGUGCAUGGCCUGCCCACAGUAGUCGAGGAUUUGGGCAACAGCCGCAACUACACCAUAGCAUCGGAUAUGCUCAAGUUUCUCAAUGAUCUGGGCGGUUCAUAUGGCAUCGGACGCAUUGACAUUGUAGAGAAUCGUUAUGUAGGCCUGAAAUCUCGUGGCGUAUAUGAGACACCCGGCGGCACCAUUCUCUACACAGCCCAUCAGGAUCUGGAGGUGUUUGCAUUAGAUCGGGAAGUUCUACGCACCAAGCAGCUGCUGCGCGAUCGCAUGUCCGACUAUGUGUACAAUGGCUUCUGGUUCAGUCCAGAGGCACUCUAUGUGCGCCGCUGCAUUGAGCUGUCGCAACAACAUGUCACCGGACAGGUAACCGUAGAACUGGCGCCGGGCUACUGUCGUGCCAUUGCCCGCAAGGCAGGCGUCAAUGCUGGUGCGCUCUACAAUCAGCAGCUGGUCUCGAUGGAUGAGCAUGGCGGGUAUGUGCCACAGGAUGCCGGUGGCUUCAUAGCCAUUAAUGCGGUGCGCAUUCGCGAGCAUGUGCGCGCCUUUGGUGCCUACAAUACUGAACAGCAGCAGCGAAAGUAGGUGACUUUCAAACCAAACAAUACAUUGCAUGUAAAGUCAAUUCAAUGAAUCAACUAAAUAAAUACAAUUUAAAUAUAA